AUGACUGUGAUUCCACCGGAGUUCACUGUGGCGGAGUUGAAGGAAGAGGACAAGUACGAGGGUCGAGAGAUUGAUGCCAAUAUUGCUGCUAGUCUCCCUGAGGGUGUAGAUGUCAUUUGGGUAUCUACAUAUGGCGCGACGCAUUGGUCGAUAUCUACCAAGAUUGACACGAUCGUCAAUGGUGAAGAGAAAUCAUUCUUCCUCAAGGAGUAUCGCGACGUAAACGCAGAAGCAAUGGUCAAGGCCGAGUAUGAGUCUACGGCGGCACUCUAUGCUAUUUCCCCUCAGAACGUGCCUGAGCCUAUUGGGUAUGGCUCCUUUGCAUCAGAUGCUCAGCGAUUCUUCUACGUCCAAGUAUUCUGUGACAUGAAUGAAGAUCUUCCUGAAGUAGACAACUUCGUCACCGUUCUGUCCAAGUUCCACGCAAAGCAGUCACCGGACGGGCAAUUUGGAUUCCAUAUAACUACAUUCCAAGGCAACAUUCCGCAGAACAACAGCUGGACCCACACUUGGGAAGAAUACUUCGCUCGCGGUCUGCAGGAUAUGAUUGAUAGGGAACGUAGCAUCCAAGGUUCUGACCCGGAAAUGACCGAGUUAUCUGCCAAGCUAAUGUCACAUGUCGUGCCUCGACUCCUACGGCCAAUGGAGACAGCUGGCAAACGAAUCAAGCCAGUGUUGCUGCACGGUGAUCUAUGGCAUGGCAACGUGAGCAUCGAUAAUGUCUCUGGUGACCCGAUCUUUUAUGAUGCUGGGAGCUUCUACGGACACGGAGAAUAUGAUGCUGGCCCGUGGCGCGCGACGCGCUACCGUUUCGACAAGACUCAUCUGCGUGCUUAUCACAAGCUGGUGGAUAUAUCUGAGCCAGUGGAGGAUCAUGAUGACAGAAAUGCGUUGUAUGCGUUGAAGAACGACCUUUUGGUGUCGUGUUGCUGGAAAAAUACAAAAUCCACACGGCAGCUUGCCAUCAAUGAAAUGCGUCGUCUAGUCACAAAAUAUCCAGAUGGCUACGAAGGCUAUGUGGCGAGCAACAGCCAACCUGCAGCUGGUGCGUGA